UGUGACCACACCAAGCGAGAUGGCCUUGCCGCUUCGCACGCAGUAUUUAAUGCGCUGGACGACGAGAAUGCUCCCCGAACACACAUCCCCUCAGGCUGCACGGUCUUCAAGCUUCAAGUCCAGUGUGCCACCGCGCGAACAUGUCAUUCGUACCCCGAUACGGCGCCAGACUCAUAGGCCCCAACGGGGCGUACGACGAUUACGGGUUCGAGGAACACGACAACGUUCUGUCCUGUUACGUCGAGUUCGCGGGAAGUACCUUUCCGUACAGGUGCGCGUUCCAGAAUGCGACUGGGCAUGACGUCCGUGUCUUUCUCUCGGCCGCUGGAAACAGCCUGUGCAAUUCGUGCCAUUUUGGUCCCAUGGAAGCGGGCUUUGUGGGCCAAUGCCCGGACCCGGAAGAAGUGGACCUUCGAAUCAAUGCUCGUGGUGCGCGUCCUAAAGAGGAGCAACGCCUGAAGCCAAUCACGAUUCCACACAGCAACCCUUACUUCGCGGCGAACCGGGACAUCAUCGAACUCCGCGUCUUCAACGUCGGGCCACUCACACGGGCGGCAAACGCCACGUUAGCAGACGGACGGCUCUCUGCGCCAGCCUCUCUGACCAAGCAGGGCAGCGCAGACUGGAUGGCCACCCCGAGGUAUGGGCGCACCCGGACACUGUGUUCCGGUUCGUGGUUACGGACGGAGGCGACUUGUUGCACCACGAGACCGCGCGGCCGUCUGCAGCGACCAUGGCGCGUGCUAGGACGCUGAAUCCCCCGACAGUGCCCUCUGUUACGCUGCCCCCCUUCGUUGCGCUGAAACCCUACGUGAGGCCCCCGAUGGUCGGUCCGGUGCCGGUGAGCCAGA